AUGCCGUUUGUACCAUUUAACGAAUACAGCUAUACAAUUGAGUAUCAAAUAAAGAAAAUUCAUGGGUUACCGAUUGUACGUAAACGUUUAACCGAUGAUUUUUAUACAUUAAAAGAAUCGAUAGCAUUUUUAACAGAUGAAUUUAUGUGUAAUGCUGAUUUAGUAGCUUAUAAAGGUGGUGAUAUCGAACGUACUUUGUUAAAUAAUAUGGGUGUUCGUUGUAUUAAUCUCGAAAUAUUGACAUGUCCAAAGUAUGCAGACCUGUUGACCAUAUUUGGUCAACCGCAAGAAUGUUGUCCUUAUCACCUGGGUAACCAUUAUCACUGUUCAAAACACGAGGUAAAAAUGUUUGCACAUUUUGUGUAUUCGAUCUUGUAAGGAUGUUGGCUUUAGAAGCAUUAUCGUAUCUCCUAAUGAAACAACCCUAUAAUCCAAUAUUGUGGAAUUUGUAUUCGACCUGUAAAUAUUUACGAGUCUAUAAACCCGCAUGGGUUGGACAAAAAAAAAUAAAUGAUUAUGUAAAAGUUGAGAAGUGUUGGUUGAAAGGGGGUUUUGACACGAUACGCGAUUUCAUCGCUGUAGAUGAUCAAACAAAUGAUGGUAAAACAGUGCAAAGCGACAACCCUGAUACACCAGAUUUGUUGUGGCCCAAACACCCUCGCAUGGCUAUUGUUGGUGUUGAUUUAGAAGAUAGUAGCGGAAAACAAAUGUACAGUAUACCCGUGGAAUGGAUUCCAUGACUGGCUGUUCGUGAUGAUGGUCUGUUUGUACUAACACCCUUCAAGUUUUGUUGUCACGAAGUCUUGGUAUGUUUAAAGACACAACUGGUACGUUGCCAGUCUUUAACAAUACCAAACAAGUAUUAUGUAGACGAACAUUAUUUUCACGUCGGUUCGGGAGAAUGUAAUGAAGAUAGUUCGGAGAUUGAAGUGUUUGCUGCCGCACACUUGUAUGUGGGAUUAAAGAGUAUCAUGCGACAUUUUGCCUCGGGGUUGCAUGUAAAUAUGGGGGAAAUGCUGAUGGCGCUUGAUUGUAACAUCGAAAAUCUGAAUUACUAUCAGAAAGAAGUGUCCCGUGAUGAAUUUACAAUAACUGUAAUAUAUAGCUUAAUAAAGAAGAAGGGUAUGUUUAUUCGUAAAUAUCUUGCACAUAUAUUAGUAUGUAAAAAAUGUAGUAAAUAUCUUGAAGAUUUUUUAACGCUAUUAGACCAAAGUGUGGAAGAUCAUCCAUUUUCCGCAUAUGAUGAAUUACAAUGUGACGGGUAUAACCGUCUUGGAUUACCCAUCUUACGACAUAUAUUAGAUGCGGAUUUUGAUAGUUUAAUGGGUAAAGCUUAUUACGGUGUUAUAGAUGGACAGCUAAACACAUGCUGCGAAUAUGUGGACGCUUUUAUGGAUACAUAUGUUAUAAAACAUGUUUGA